GAAACUCCAUUUCCCAUGCUGCACCUGUGCCUCCCUGAGAGGCCCGGGAUAGCGCCCGGUUGAGCCGGACCCAGGUUCACCUAAUGACAGAAAAGCGGGGGAAGCCAUGCGAGUUGGCUCCUUUAAGGCCCUCCCUCCUCGAAGCCUUCAGUCUGUUCCGGCUUCUCGGCGAAGAGAGCGGGAGAGGCGCGGCUGAGCAUGAGUCUGUGGGCGCGAGUGGGCAUCCUGGGCACCUUGGCGUACUGCAUGCACGGCUCCAGGGGAAGGGCCAUGGCCGAGGCCCGCGGCAGCCCUUCAGGUGGGACAAGCGAGCGGCCCGAGCUCAAGCUGGUGCUCGUCCUCUUCCGCCACGGAGCCCGCACCCCGCUCAGGCCUAUCCCGGGGGCCCGGCAGGUGGAAUGGAGCCCUUCUCUCCUGGAGAUUCCCGCUCAGACAGAGCUUGACUACACAGUAACAGAUCUUACUGGUGGACCAAAGCCCUUUUCGCCUUACGAAGAAAACUACCGAAAAAUUACAAUGAAGGGCGGUGUGUUUGCAGGUCAGCUGACAAAAGUAGGCAUGCAGCAGGUCUUUGCAUUGGGAGAACGGCUAAGGAAACGAUACAUCAAGGAGACCAACUUCCUCUCGCCAGCAUUUAAACCGUCCGAGGUCUUUGUCCGAUCCAGUAAUAUUGUUCGGAAUCUGGAAUCCACGCGAUGUUUGCUGGCUGGGCUGUUCCAACAACAGAAAGAAGGACCUAUUACCAUAGUUACAGACGAAGCAGAAUCAGAAAUACUUUAUCCCAACCCAAUGAACUGCAAGAGGUUGAGACAUAUGAACCGAGAGGGGUUAGCUAAUGCACAAUUACAGCCAGGCAUUUCUGAAGACCUGAACACCAUCAAACAGAAGAUGGGCAUCGGUGAUGAAAAUGCUGUGGAUUUUUUUCUUCUGUUCGACAACAUCUUUGCAGAACAGGCACAUGAUCUACCGAGCUGUCCUGUUUUGAAGAGUUUUCUUCAGAUUAUUGAACAGAGGGCUGUGGACUUGCUGCUUUACAUCACAAAACAAAAUUUAAGGGAGACUCUUCAAAUGUCAGUUGGACCUCUUCUCUAUGCUAUAGAGGAGAACAUUAGGGGAGCAAUAAAUCCUCCUUCUCCUGAGAUCAAGGCCAGGAAGCUCAUUCUGUAUGCUGUCCACGAUGUCACCCUUUUUCCACUGCUGAUAGCUCUGGGAGUCUUUAAUUCCAAGUGGCCUCCAUAUGCUGCAGACGUGACCCUGGAGCUGUACCAGCAAUCCAAGGACUGGUUUAUACGGUUGACCUAUAAUGGAGAGGAACAAGUUCCAGGAGGAUGCAGAGCUGGUCUCUGUCCACUGGAGGACUUCCUGAGUGCUCUUUCAAACUAUAGUGUGAAGCCUGAGGAAUACAAAAUGCUUUGUUCCCAGACAGACACUUUUAACAGAUGACUGAUUAAGAAGAAUGCUUAAAUAUGUUGUUAUAACUUCCUCUUUCUAAACCCCAUAAAAGCAAAGCAUUAGUCACUCAUGGUUUAACUUGACAGUUCACAUGUCAUUGCAAUUAGCCUGCCUCAGUAAUGCCCCAUUUUGGAAACAAGCAUCAGAAUGAAAAUAUAUGCCACAUACAUCUCUGGCUGCAACAUGAAUUGGAAGUGGUUAACCAGACUGUACCACAAUUCUCUUCGCACAAUAAGCACUAGAUUUAUAGGAUAGCCUACAACCUGCCACUUAUUUUGGUUUUUCAUUUCCACUUUAUACUGACAAGAAUGACCUUCAGCAAUUUUAAAUCUUAACAGAUAUCAAUUUCUCACAUAUCCUGAUUAAUAUUUAUCACAUUGAUAUGGGAAAUUAACACAUUCCCAUCACUUUUUAAAUACAUAUAGGACCAAGCACUCUUCCACAAGUUAAGGCUGAGGUUACAGCAGCUCAGAGAGCCUGGAUAGAUAUAACCAGAUGCAAACAGGUUAAAAGAAUGGCUGUGGACAGCGUCAAAACCAGAUUUCAGAUAGUAUUAAAAAGCCAAAGCUGCUAAGAGUCAAAGACAUGAAUGUCAUAGGGGAUUCCAAAUGGUUGCUACCUGUUGCAACAUGAGUUAAGUUGAGCAGACUUAGCUUAUUGAUGUUUUGAAAGCACUGCAUAGCACUAGAUGGGGGACUUGAAGAAAAAGCCAAUUUUAAUUUGCUGGAAGUUUAGGUCUGGAAACAAUGGGAAGUGUUGAACGAUGCUAAUCUAGAGGAAGUGAUUGUCACUGCUCUUCAGUUUUUCCUCAGCUGCAUAUAAACAGAAGUUGGAUCCAAAACCAGAUACAAUAAUGACUGUAACAGAAGUUUAAUUAUGAUUUCUCCCAGAGAAUGGAAGCUACGCAUAGAUUGAUUGGAACAAAAUGUUAGUAAAGUUUUGAAAUUCCUAGCAAAUGAGGAUUUUCAGCCUCAAUUCUCUCCUUGUGGAUAAAAACCCUUAAGUUAUCAGGUAUAAAUAUCUUAUGGCAUUCAAGUUCCAGCUAUAGAAAGAUAGCAUCUAGAACAGUGGUUCUCAACCUGUGAGUCCCCAGGUGUUUUGGUCUACGACUCUCAGAAAUCCCAGCCAGUUUACCAGCUUAUAGGAUUUCUGGGAGUUGGAGGCCAAAACAUUCGGGAACUCACCGGUUGAGAACCACUGAUCUAGGAGAUUUUGGUUGCUUUAGGAGUGAUUGUUACUCUAGAACACAAUUUAAUGUCAUUAAACUUCAAGGAUCUGUAUAUAAAGUCCCUUAGCUCUUCCUUAUACGCCUCACCAAUUUUCCCCACAAUCUGGUUGCAUUGGGGAACAAGACUGCUAAGACUAUUGUAAAAAUGCUGCAACCUGUGAAGAUUGCAGUGUGACAAGGCAAAUAUUUUCCCCACCCUAUGCACCCAUGAGUGGGAAUGAGACUGUGCUAGCCCUGUCUUUUGUACACUGAGCAAAUCUGACAUACAAUUCAGAGCAAAUAAUAAAUUGUGCAAGUAAUACAA